AUGGUACAAGCUAGGAAACCUAGUCUGAUUUUUCUUUCAGAAACCCUAGCCAGGAAGAAUUUGAUUGACUCUCUCACGGUUAGACUCGGUUUCAAGGGGGGUUUUUGUGUCCCUCAUGAGACGGACUCUCAAGGACUGGCUCUAUUUUGGAGAGAGAGUACUCAUGUGGUCAUUCGAUCGUACUCUCCUAACCACAUUGAUGCGGAGAUUGGGAAGCCGGGAACAGACCUGUGGAGAUUCACCGGCAUAUAUGGGGUUGCAGCGAGAGGAGGUAGAGAUCGUACUUGGUCUCUUAUUCGAACCCUAGCUGCGCAGCAAUGUUCUUUGCCAUGGUUAAUGGCAGGGGACUUCAAUGAGGUUCUGUCCUCAGCUGACAAGUCGGGGGGACCGCCUCGGUCUGCUGCAGCCAUGGCCAGAUUCAGGCAAACCAUGUCAGUCUGUGGUUUCAUUGACAUGGGUUUUGUGGGAGGACGUUUCACUUGGUCCAAUAGGUAUACGAAGGAAAGACUUGAUCGGGGAUUCCAGACAGCUCAGUGGAGAAGCAGAUUUCCGUUUAGCCGAGUAGUCACAUUAUCUCCGUCUGAGUCGGAUCACAGUCCGCUUCUAAUUGAAGUCAGUGCGGCGAGGUUGCCAAACAAUAGAUGGGUGCGACGCUUUCGUUUUGAGGAAGCGUGGUUUGGCAGAGAGGAAUGCUCUACUAUCAUCAAACAAGAAUGGGCAAGGCCAACUACGGGAAAUGCCCUAAAGCAAUUGGGGCAGAAAAUUAAGGGUGCCGGCAAAAGGCUGAUGAGUUGGCACAAAACUGAUUUUGAUAAGCAGAAGGUAGAAAUGCGUAUCAUCCAGGAGAAACUCCAUGAUAUUAUGAGGCUGCCUUUUUCUCCUGAGCAGUUUGAGGAACAACGACAACUACAUGUUCGCUAUAGUCAACUACUUACUCAACAAGAAAAGUACUGGCGACAACGGGAAUGGCAAACUGCGGCUACUGAAAUUCAGAGACUACUUAUGCAGUAUUAUACUGAGAUCUUUUCCACUGGGGGGACAGAUUCUACGGCUAUCUCGGAAAUAAUUGGGGCUACCUCUACCAAGGUAACCAGCUCGAUGAAUGCGGAGCUUGUCAUGCCUUACUCUGAUGAAGAAAUCAAACGGGCCCUUUUCCAAAUGCAUCCGUCUAAAAGCCCCGGCCCUGACGGUAUGACCCCAUUCUUCUUUCAGAAAUAUUGGAAUAUUGUCAGCAAUGAUGUGUGUACUGCAGUUAGAACCUUGUUGGAACAAGGAGAGAUGUGGCCUGAAUCCAACUUUACGCAUCUCUGUUUAAUACCAAAGGUGAAGGACCCUAAAAAUGCAACCCAGUUUCGGCCAAUUGCACUCUGUAAUGUGAUUUGCAGAAUUAGCUCAAAGGUGAUGGCUAAUAGGCUAAAGUUGGUACUCCCGGAGAUUAUCUCCCCUUUACAGAGUGCGUAUGUUCCGGGUAGACUCAUCUCAGACAAUACGCUAGUUGCUACGGAGGCCGCCCACUUUAUGCACAAAUUACGACUACAGGAAACAGGCUUUUUCUCCUUGAAGUUGGAUAUUAGUAAGGCUUAUGACAGGUUAGAAUGGAAUUUUUUAUCAGCUAUUCUCAAAAAAUUGGGCUUUGGUCAACAAUGGAUUGAUACUGUUAUGCUUUGUGUCACUUCUGUAACAUACUCCAUUUUAGUGCAUGGAGAGCCAACUCCGCAAAUUAUCCCCUCUCGAGGUAUAAGACAGGGAGACCCGCUAUCACCGUAUUUAUUCAUUCUGUGUAGUGAGGGUUUAUCUGCAUUAAUCUCUAAAGCAGUCAGCACCAAUGUCAUUCAGGGAAUUACUAUGUGUCCACGGGCUCCUACAUUGCAUCACCUUCUCUUUGCAGAUGACAGUAUUUUAUUUGGCACGGCCACGAGGGAGGAAUGCUCAAAUUUCAAGAAAAUCCUCGACACGUAUGAGAAAGCCUCAGGUCAAAAAGUCAAUUUUGAGAAAAGUAGUGUUGUUUUUAGUAAUAAUGUUGCACCAGAUACUCAAGUGGCACUAGCUGCACUUUUGGGAGUGAAAUGUGUGAAAGAGCAUGACAGGUACCUUGGCCUACCUAUGAGAAUUGGAAAGUCCAAGACGGCUAUUUUUGCUUACCUUAAAGAGCGACUCACUAAGAAGCUUGUAAGUUGGAAAGCUAAAAUUCUCAGCUCUGCUGGUAAAGAAAUCUUGAUUAAGGCAGUAGCGCAAACUAUGCCUCUCUAUGCCAUGAAUUGCUACUUACUGCCAAAGGGUUUAUGUGAUGACAUACAUCAAUUAUGUGCCUCUUUCUUUUGGGGUGACACGGAUGACAGGAAGAGGAUUCAUUGGCGCAGUUGGGAACGACUUUGCCUUACCAAGCAGGAAGGGGGCAUGGGUUUUAAGAAUAUAUAUGCUUACAAUUUAGCCAUGCUUGCUAAACAGGGCUGGAGGCUAAUUACAAAUCCGGACUCAUUGAUUGCACAGUUGUACAAGGCCAGGUAUUUUCCAAACUGUUCCUUUUGGGAGGCUGAGCUAGGGGACUCUCCCUCAUUCUCAUGGAGGAGUAUAAUACAAGGCAGGUCCACUCUUCAUGCGGGGGUUAAAUGGCGCAUUGGGGAUGGAAGGCAGGUUCACAUUUGGCAAGAUAAUUGGGUGCCCAAUUGUCAUAAAUAUCUGAUUCAAAAGCCUGCAGAAUGUAAUGUAUUGCAUGUUUCAGACCUUAUUGAAACUGAAACAAGACAAUGGAAAACUGCACUCAUUCGGAAUACAUUUCACCCUGAGGUGGCUUGA